AAUGGGAUUAAAGGUGUGUGCCACUACAGUCCAGUUUAAAGCUUUAAAGAAAUUUAAGCUAGCAUUCAAAGUCAGCUUUCAUGGUGACAUUACCAUAUAGACAUGUACUUUAUCAUACUCACACCUCCCUCGUUGCCCAUUCCUGCAAAAGCACCUUUUCAUUCCCCAAGCUGCUCUCUAAAGCCAACUAAAGGCUGUUUCUUGGUUUUCUCCAUCCCAGGAAGAGAUAUGUGUAUGUAGUGGGGCCUGAUGUAGUAGAAUUGAGACAUUGGCUACAGGUGGCCUUGGAAGAACUGUCCACGGGCCCUGGACUGAGGAUUCAGGUUCAAGUACCCUUUACCUUGUAGUAACAGGCAAAUGAACCUUUGAGUGGGGUAAAUGCCCUUAGGGAGAGGACUUUAUAAGUAGGACGUCUCUUCCUAUGACCAGUGUUUGGCAUUUCUCCCCAUGUAUCUGCAAUAGAGGAGGAUGGCUGUGAUGGCUCUCAUGGCAUAAAUCCUGGACUCAGACCCAGAAGGUUUCCUUCUAUUCUGCAAAUACAAACUGGCUAAGGGACACUGCUGUCCUGUGCUCAGGUUGUAUUCUGAUGUACAUUCAAGGAAGUGGUUCAUACUAUAGAUGGUGUAGCCAAGGAAGACAUGCAUUGCUUCAAGUCUUGAGUGCCCCAUUGACAAUAGUUUGGAGGAAGGACAUCAACAGGUAACUAGCCUGGUAUUAUAUCCUGACGCAGAGACUGAGCCAAGUAGGGUGGAGUCUUAACAGGUUUUAAGACUGUAAGAAACAGAUGUAGUGAGCGUGGUGGUGCACGCCUUUAAUCCCAGCACUCGGGAGGCAGAGGCAGGUGGAUUUCUGAGUUUGAGGCCAGCCUGUUCUACAAAGUGAGUUCCAGGACAGCCAGGGCUAUACAGAGAAACCCUGUCUCGAAAAACCAAAAAAAAAAAAAAAAGAAGAAGAAGAAGAAGAAAAGAUAAAAGAAACAGAUAUAUCUUAUCCAUGGGGGCAUUCCAAGACUCCCAGUAGAUGCUGUAAACUUAAGGGGGUGCCAAGCCCUGUGUGUUACUGUGCAUACACACCUGUGGCAAGUUUGGAAGUUGACAUAGUGGAAGGUUCAGAGUAAUGAAGCCAGAUACACUGCAAUAGAAUCAGGGAUAUUGUACCUUACUAUAGGGCUUAGCAACCUCAGCACAGGUUCCUAAGUUCGCUUCACAGGGCCUCUGGCAUCACUACUGCUGCACUUUGGGGAUACUGAGACAAGAAAGCUACAGCGUGUCAAAUGAGGAAAUAGGGAAGCUGAGGAGUUCACACCCAAGGCUGAUGAGAGCAGCAUAGUAUAGUUAUUAAAUGGUUAGUGUGAGAUAGCCUCAUAGCCCAGGCUGGUGGCCCUGAACUGGCUGUGUAGCUGAGGAUAACCUUGAAUUUAAGAUCCUUCUAAGCCCUGUGGUGCCGUGCCUUAAUAGGCCAGCAUUCUACCAAACUGCUGCAUCCUGACCAUUUUAGUUUCUUGUUACAUAGCUUGGCUAGCCUAGAACUCACUAUGUAGACCAGGCUGGCCUCAAACUUAAGAUCCACUUAUCUCUGCCUCUCCAGUGCUGGGAUUAAAGAUAUGUACCACCACACCCAGCUUUUUAGUUUUUGAGAUGAGUUUCACUGUGUAGCCAAGGCUGGUAGUCUCCAUGUCUCACUCUUCCAAGAGCUGGUAUUACAUGAGUCACCACACCCGGCUAAUCGUACACAAAUCUGAAUUAUUUAUGGACUUCUAUUUAAUAACUGGGUUGUGGGUAGCUGAAAGCAUGGAAAGUCAGCACCGUUGUGGGGAGUGCUGCUUUAUACCUCCAUCUCAGUCCCUCUGCUGUGCUGGCUGCCACUCUACAUUCCUGUUUCAGGCCCUCUGCGGCUCUCCUAGGCUGUGUGUUCCAGUGGCUCCCUGCUGCCUUGCCAGCCCUAUUCAGGAAGAAAGGUACCAUAUCACUCUGGGCUCUGGCCUCAGCAGCUACAUCUGCCCCACCUAAAACUGUUUUGGACUCUCCACGACCAGUGUUUGCUAUUUUCCUACAAGACUGUGGCAGUAGUGUGGCUGCCUUGGUACCCUACAUAUAACAUGAGAGUAGACUUAAUCCCAAAGGAACUCUGCAGUGGGGGAGCUGUGAGUCGUGGAGCCUCCUGUGGGCCCUAGAGGCCCUAGAGGUUCUGAGCGUUCUAUGUUAGGGGCUGUAGGACAAGAUUAAAGUCGGGCGAAUUUAACUGAACUGUGUGCCUAAUGCAGAGGGCCAGCUGGAUACUUACUUACCUGAGAGCGGAAAGGAGUUUGUAUCCACUCUGCUCUCCACUGUGAGGUCACAUCACUGCUAUCUUACCAACGCUGGAAGACCCUGAGCUACGUCUUCUGGCAUGGAAUGACCAACAGGACAGAAAUCUGAGAGAAAAUCUAUCACUGUUUAUGCUGUUGAAAAGCUGUUUCUACAUUAAGGCACUCGACCCUGAGCUGUGGGCGAGCCAAGGAGUCCCAGGCCUACAAGCAGUGUUGUAGGGAGGAGGUGGCUGAAGGACUCUGGGUUAUGGCUCUACAGAAGGAGAUAGCAACAACCAAGGGAAGAAGGCUCCCACUAUCUUGGUCUGGGGAGGGGUGGACGAUGGAGAAGAGCCUCCGGACUGGGGGCGGCUCUGGGGGAAUCGUCAGCCAGCACCCUGUUCAGGCCCUGAAUAAGCUUCCAAAGUAAAUGUUGCUGCCUUGUGGAGUGGCUAAGGCAAGCAGUGGGGUUUGACCAUGUUCUUACUCAAAACAUUAAAACUGAUCUGCUAGGGGAAGCCAAUGCAGAUGCCUGCAGCAUCCUUGGAGGGCCGGUCCACCUUAAACAGCUGCGUCCUGGCGCGGGCAGGUGGGCUUGCUCGCGGGUGGGUGGUGAGCAUGCGCAGCCUUUCUAGUCAAGGCCAGAGCAGGGUUCAGUCACUUUCCCUAGGACACCAGCUUUCCGAAGGCGUUCCUAGGUCUCUUACACACGGCCUCAAUCAAGCCUGCGGCCUGAGCCAGGACACAGAGGAACUCGGUGACCUAACUCUUAGUGUGUGGAGGGCUGAGAACUGGCUAAGGUUUGGAUAGCCAUGAUACCCCUACCUUGUCAUAGAAAUCUCGCUCACACCCCAGUGACUGCCAGGGGACCUUCAGCCUGUCCCGGGACUGUGAUUGGAGAGCAUGUAGGCCCAAGAGAGCUCCCGGGUUAGGGCCUGCGGUAGCAAGGAAAAAAAAAAAAAGGAAAGAAAGGAAGAGACAGACAAGAAAGAGAAAAAGAACAUGCUUUCCGUUGUCCUGUCGGUCCAGAUGGGCGCUGCGCGUGCGUGGGGUGUCGGGCUACCCCGCAAAAGAGGAGUUGGCCGCCCGGCGCUCCACCCUCAGCCCGCCCCCGCCGCGGCCCUGCCGCCGGGUCCACCUUAAGGGGCGCGCUGACAUCAGCGCGCCGCCGCCGCCCGUGGGGUGGGAUUUCCUCCACUGCCGCUGCGGCGGAUCCUGCGCCGCGUCCAGCCCGCGCGCCCGACCCCGGCCCGACCCGGCCGGCCCCGCCCGCCCGGCCCGGGGAGGGAUGCGGCGGCGCGGCGCCCAGGAUGCCCCGCAGCCCCGGGACGCGCCUCAAACCCGCCAAGUACAUCCCGGUGGCCACGGCCGCCGCGCUGUUGGUUGGUUCCAGCACACUCUUCUUCGUAUUCACGUGCCCAUGGUUGACAAGAGCUGUGUCUCCAGCUAUUCCUGUCUACAAUGGCAUCCUCUUCCUCUUUGUCCUGGCCAACUUCAGUAUGGCUACCUUCAUGGACCCUGGAGUCUUCCCCCGAGCGGACGAGGACGAGGACAAGGAGGAUGACUUCCGGGCCCCACUGUACAAGAAUGUGGAUGUGCGGGGCAUCCAGGUCCGCAUGAAGUGGUGUGCAACGUGCCACUUUUACCGUCCACCGCGCUGCUCACACUGCAGUGUCUGUGACAACUGUGUGGAGGACUUUGACCAUCACUGCCCCUGGGUCAACAACUGCAUUGGACGCCGCAACUACCGUUACUUCUUCCUGUUCCUGCUGUCACUCAGCGCGCACAUGGUGGGGGUGGUGGCCUUCGGCCUGCUCUAUGUGCUCAAUCACUCGGAGGGGCUGGGAGCCGCCCACACCACCAUCACGCCAGCAUGGCUGUCAUGUGUGUGGCUGGCCUUUUCUUCAUUCCUGUCAUCGGCCUCACUGGCUUUCACGUGGUACUGGUCACGCGGGGCCGCACCACCAAUGAGCAGGUGACUGGGAAGUUCCGCGGGGGUGUGAAUCCCUUCACCCGAGGCUGCUAUGGGAACGUGGAGCACGUGUUAUGCAGUCCCCUGGCGCCCCGGUAUGUGGUGGAACCCCCCAGGAUGCCGCUCUCAGUGAGCCUCAAGCCACCCUUCCUGAGACCUGAGCUCCUGGAACGAGCUGUGCCCCUCAAGGUCAAACUUAGCGACAAUGGGCUGAAAGCUGGCCGCAGCAAGUCCAAGGGCAGUCUAGACCAGCUGGAUGAGAAACCUCUGGACCUGGGACCUCCACUGCCCCCCAAGAUAGAGGCUGGUACCUUUGGAAGAGAUCUGAAGACCCCAAGACCUGGCAGUGCUGAGAGUGCCCUAUCAGUACAGAGGACCAGCCCCCCAACACCUGCCAUGUAUAAGUUCCGGCCAGCCUUCUCCACUGGUCCCAAGACACCCUUUUGUGGACCUAAUGAGCAGGUCCCAGGUCCUGACUCCCUUACUCUGGCAGAUGACAGCACCCACAGUCUAGACUUUGUGUCUGAGCCCAGCCUGGAUCUCCCAGACCACGGGCCGGGUGGUCUGCGUCCUCCCUACCCGCCCUCCCCACCCCUCAACACCACUGAUGCCUUCUCAGGUGCCUUGCGCUCCCUGAGUCUCAAGGCUGCCAGUCGGAGGGGUGGGGACCACAUGACCUUACAGCCACUGCGCUCUGAAGGUGGGCCCCCUACACCUCACCGUAGUCUCUUUGCUCCUCAUGCACUGCCCAAUCGAAAUGGCAGCCUGUCAUAUGACAGCCUACUUAACCCUGGCUCACCCAGUGGCCACGCAUGCCCCACACACCCCUCUGUUGGUAUAGCCAGCUACCAUUCACCCUACCUGCACCCUGGGCCAUCAGAUCCACCGCGGCCCCCACCCCGCAGCUUCAGCCCUGUGCUGGGUCCCCGGCCUAGGGAACCCUCUCCUGUGCGCUAUGACAACCUGUCUCGGACCAUCAUGGCCUCUAUCCAGGAGCGCAAGGACAGGGAAGAGCGUGAACGGCUGCUGCGCUCCCAGACUGACUCACUCUUUGGCGACUCUGGUGUCUAUGAUACACCCAGCUCCUACAGCCUGCAACAGGCCAGUGUGUUAACGGAAGGCCCCCGUGGCUCUGUCCUGCGUUACGGCUCCAGGGAUGACCUCGUGGCCGGGCCUGGCUUUGGUGGUGCCCGCAAUCCUGCCCUGCAGACGUCAUUGUCCUCGCUGUCCAGCUCCAUGAGUCGGGCACCUCGGACAUCUUCCUCCUCCCUGCAGGCUGACCAGGCCAACAACAAUGCCCCAGGACCCCGGCCUGGCAGUGGUUCACAUAGGUCACCUGCCCGUCAGGGCCUGCCUUCCCCACCAGGCACCCCCCGAUCGCCCUCCUACACGGGCUCCAAGGCCGUCGCCUUCAUCCACACAGACCUCCCGGACCGGCAGCCCUCACUGGCUAUGCAGAGGGGGCGCAUUGGCAGCUGUAGCCGUGGAUGGGGGUGGCGUGGUACGCCUAGGGGGACUCCUGGCCUCCACCUAUGCCACCUUGGCCACCCUGAGGAUCACCCGCCGCUGCGGGCCCCCUGGAGCGUGGCUGCUGGGGCAGCCCCCCGUGGGACCAUUUGUCGGCUACAUUCUGCUGCAUCCAGCCUUUUCCCCAGCCUCUCAGGUCCCUAACAGGACACUAGUAGGUGGCUCUAGGGCCAUGGACAGUCUUCUGGGGACCCAGAAGACGAGGUUGCUGUAGAGCUUUGGAGUUGGGCUGGAUGUAGCCUGGAGAUCCCUACCCCGUUCCCCGUCAACCAGCCACAUCUUGACUGAUCAGUCUGCCAGGGUCCACGACCCUGUCUCCAGGUGACCUCAGGAAGUCCCCCCACCUGCUGCAGGGGUCCAGUGCCCCAAUGGGGGUGGCCUCAGAGCUACUGGGAACCAGCAUGACCUUUACCCCAACCUCCUUACCCCUUCCAAGCACUUUAAGCCACUUCCUCUAGGGAGCCCAGGCCUCUGUGGGUUGGGCUGGGGUGGGGGUCUCAGGUCACCGCAGGUUACUGCACUCCUCCACUCAACCCCAAGCCCCUGAACAGAUGCCUUAAAGUCCUGGAGCUGCCAGCCAGCUUGGUGCACCAUGAACCUGGUCCACCCGUCUCUGCCUCUUGCCUGCUCUGACCCACCUGGGUCUUCUGCAGCCAAGGGUGAUACCUCUGGGAAUACCCAAGCCUGUGGGCCUGGAUACCCCUGGGAGGAGUCAGAACAGAACCCCUGCCAACUCCUCUUUUCACACAGGGGCUGUGUCCUGGGGGCUACUUCUGGGCAGCAGUUAUGUGUCUCCCAUAUGGGGACAGAUCACAAACUGUUUUCUGUUGUAUAGGAUUUCCCUCCCUCAACUUCCCUAAUAAAUUUUUUUUUUGUUCACCUCCACGGCA